AAGGUUUUAGUCCCGGGUCGCCUGUCGCUGGGUAAUGGUCUUCCAUAAAAGCCAAGCCUGAAAUACAAGUGACAAGUGAAGGAAAUGGUUUGCUCAGCUAAUGCAAUAAAAUAAAAGCUAGUAAAAGACUAAGUUGUGACAUGAUGACUAAUCCGAUCUUCCUUCUUCGAAAACCGUCCGAAGCCAUCUUCCAUCUGCUGUAAUAUUACUUCUGUAACAAUUUCUGUUUUCAAAAAACAUUCGAUACGAAGCUUUAAAAAAUGCACGCUGCAACUUCUGAUCGCGGAGCGGGAGGCGGUGGCUCCUGGAGACUGCCACCAGACGAGACCUUGCAAGUUGGAGACUCAAAGCAAAAGGAUCAAGACCUCGAUCUGGACGAAGGCCACAACUGGCGCAGUAUUAUAUUUUCACUGCUAGUCAUUAGCUUCGUCAUAGCGGGCAUAAUAACUGCUAUCUAUUUAUUGGGAUAUGUAGACGAGCUGCUCUAUUGGUCGGGACGUCGCAUGAUCCUAGAGGAGUAUUUGCAAGGAGAGCUUACACCAACGAGACUUCAGCCCUCGUGGGUCACAACACAAAAGUAUGUAUUUCAGUCGGACGACGGAGGACUUUCCAUUUUGGAUACAACCGCCAACUCAAUAAACAUAUUGGUAACAAAUCACACCAUACGUCAACUCAAUGUACGGGGCUAUCAAUGCUCACAUGAUCUUAAAUAUGUACUCUUCAGACACAAUGUAAAAAAAAUUUUUCAGAAAUCGUUUACUGCGUUCUACACAAUCUAUGAUGUGGAUAAUGAUCACCACAUGCCAGUAAAGUUAAAAGACUCAUCGAAGGUACAAAGAACUCGUCUUCAAUACGCGGCCUGGCUGGGAAAUACGACUUCCCUUGUAAUAGUUGCUGACAAUGAUAUAUACGUACGACAAUCGCCCUCGAUGGAGGAGGAUAUAAGAAUAACAACGACAGGACUUGAAAAUAGUAUUUACAAUGGCGUUCCAGAUUGGCUUUACCAGGAGGAAAUUUUUGAAAUGCCUGAAGCAAUUUGGUCGUCUAUAGAUGGCAGUCACUUCAUGUUUGCCUUAUUCAAUGAUACCCACGUGGGCAUGAUGACAUACCCGUGGUUAGCUUCCGGCGCUAUUAUCGCUGGUAGCGGCAUGACGUCGGGAAGCUCCUUUCCUGAGACUAGAAACGUGCGUUACCCAACGCCCGGCACUGCCAAUCCAGAAGUCCAAUUGUGGGUUGUGGACAUAACGAACUUUAUAUCCAUAACAAAGGUGGAAUUAAAGCCACCGCCCUCUUUGAAUGGACAGGAUUAUUACCUUACCUCGGCCGGUUGGGUAUCGGAUAGCAAUCAUCAGGUCUCUGUUGUUUAUAUGGCGCGUUCGCAAAAUUACAGCAUUAUAGCAACCUGCGUCAAGGAUAAGCAUUGGACAUGCUCAGAGAUACAUUCCGAGAGGGCGCCUGAAGACGAAUGGCUCGACAUAUUUCCACAUCCAGUGUUUGCGCCGGAUGGCAAUAGUUUUUUAUUGCUCGCAGGCAUUCAGGAGUCGGGAAACGAUCACUAUACCCAUAUAAAGCACAUAACUAUAACGCAGCAAAGAAUUUCCGUAAUAUCCCACGGUCGUUACGAAGUUUUGAAAAUACUCUGCUGGGAUACUGCCAAUCAUGUCGUUUAUUAUUUGGCUACUCAAGAUAAAAAGCCCGGUCAACGCCAUCUUUAUUCGGUUAAAGAUCCCGUUCACGAUGAUACCAGAAAAAGCGAGCCGCAGUGUAUAACUUGCGAUCUGGGCGAGGCUCUGUGGAGUAGCCGAUAUUAUUAUGUGAACUGUUCGCACUUCGAUGCCUUUAUAACGCCAACAACUGGUAUUGCAACAAACAAUGGAAUUGAUUUCUACAUUUUAGAGUGUCAAGGUCCAGGACUGCCCGUGUCAGGAGUGCACAUGCACAAGACACACAGCCUUGUCAAAAUAUUAUACGACACUCGGCCAUUUUAUACAGAGAGGCUACAAAAAUUAGCAUUACCAAUUCAAAAAUCAUUUGAAAUCUCGCUGCCACAUGGUAGUCGUGCUCAAGUGCAAUUACUCUUGCCACCUAGCUGGAGGGAAGAGCUUCGGGAUGCAGCUUUUCCGGUUGUAGUCGAAGUAAACGGACGUCCAGGCUCAGAGUCUGUUUCUGAGAAGUUUAGAAUAGACUGGGGCACGUACAUGUCCUCCAGAAACGAUGUUAUUUAUGUGCGCUUGGAUGUCAGAGGUGCAAAAGGACAAAGCAAAAAAUCCUUAUAUCGCCAUUUAGGUGGUGUUGAAGUUCAGGAUCAAAUUGCUGUAUUGAAACAUCUAUUGGACACUAUAAGUUUCCUAGAUGAAACAAGAGUUGGCAUUUGGGGCUGGGGCUAUGGAGGAUAUGUCACCUCAAUGGUGCUGGGCACCCAACAAAAUGUGUUCAAAUGCGGAAUAUCGAUUUCCCCUAUUGCAGAUUGGCUUUAUUACAAUUCUGCAUUUACUGAACGAAUAUUAGGGCUUCCUGCUGAAAAUUAUAAAGGUUACGUAGAAGCGGACGCAACUCAGCGUGCUCGUCUGAUUAAGUCGAAUUCAUUUUUCCUCAUUCACGGCUUAGCCGACUCCACGGCGCCAUAUGUGCAUGGCGUUCAAUUGGCUAAAUCACUGACCGAAGCAAAUAUAUUAUAUAGAUAUCAGACUUAUGCCGAUGAAGGUCAUGAUCUCAACGGAGUGUUGGAGCAUGUGUAUUCGUCUAUGGAACACUACUUUGCGGAAUGCUUAAGCUUGGACCCGGACGAUACCAAGCCAGACUUAGAUCAAAAUAUGGUACCUGCUGAGUAGGAAUUGUAGAGCGCUUCUCGAUGUAAAUAGAAUAGGGUUAGACUAACUUACGACGAAAUAUUUCAAUUGUUAUAUUAUUAUAAGUGCGUACACUGGUUGUUUUCCAAAAAGGACAUUUCAAUAUAUAAAUAUGAUACAAGCAUGCAAACAUAUAUAAUGUAAUACAUACAUAGGUCGCAAUAUUUUACUUUUUAUUCAAUUUUUGAAAAAUGUCCUUUUGAUUCUAAAUAGUGUGAGUGUAAAUAUUCUUUUCUUUUUUUUAGGAUUGAAAUGCGUUAAAACGCUUAUAGCUACAAUAUGUAUGUAUACCAGAUAAGAUUUAACAAGAUAACGCUUACGAAGUCUUUCAAUUGUAUUUCACUGAACUCCAUGUUUUAUGUGGGUCAAUAUAUACACAGAUACACUGCUUCCUUUACUCGAAUCUUCCCAGUAUGAACAUUUUUAAAAACAUAUUAUAUACAACUUAGCUAACUAAUCACAAGGAUGCAAAUUGAAUGUUGUUUAAUGCGCUUGUCAGAAAAUUGCAACAAUUAAUUGUUGGCAUUUGUAAUAAUAUCGCAGCGUUAGAUAAAUUAUUUAAAAGGUAUUUAACACUGAACAGCAGUGAGCUAAUAUAUUAUAUUUCUGCAAUAUUACACUAACUUUUAGUUACUACUUUUAUUAUAAUGUUACUUAAUCUUAUAAUUAGAGUCCUAUGUUACAUAAAGUUAAACUAUAUCACUGCUGUUCGGAAUACCCCAGAUGUAUAGACCCUAUUCUCCUAGCUACUCAAUUUGGUUGUUAUUUAGGAUUACAGGUUAACUUAGGACAUUCACGGUGAGUCUUUAACGCAGGACAGGA